AUGAUGACAAAGAAGAGAAAAAAAAUAAAAAUAACAAUAACAACAAUCGUCUGGAAAUUCCUGAUUCUAUUUUUAAACUUCGGGAUUUCCACCUGCGAUGAGUUAAACCUCCCUCUCCAUUCCAUCAUCAAAUUUUCCGAUCAUUUUGGCCAGUCGGUUUACGAUAAAGUCGCCAAGGCAACCGCCAUCAUGGAUCUCAAAAUUCUAAAAAUUAUCAAGGAUUACCUUCUAUUGGAGCCCAAUGUAAAACAAGUUGACGGUCAGAGCUUGACCAGUGACAUGAAAAGGGCAGUACAGAAAAUGCUACAUAGGAAACUUAUCGCUUUACAUAGUCUUUCCAACAUGUCUGAUGUAUCCUUCCGUCAGCACAUAUUUGAUCCUACUCUUAGAAUGACAUACCCCGAGUCGAAGAAUUUAAACUACACUGACUUCAUACUCGUCCGCAGUGCACAGUUCAACGACAUGACUGUAAACUUCACAAUGAGCACUGUGCACAUCCCUAACAGUGUCUACGAGAAGUCGUCAGACGUCUUGAACGGUGUGGCUUGGUCGGCCAGUCUGGACGACACAUUCAAGAGGAACAACGAACGAGAUGAACAUCUUAAAUGGCAGUACUUCUGUAGCUCCACUGGCUUCCUACGCAUGUAUCCUGUUUUCAUAUCAGAUGAAUAUGUAUGCUUCAGAAUUCAAUAA